UUUUCGAGUCAAGACUAUAAAAGAAGCCCAGAGGGAAAACCGUGCCAUUGGAAGGUGGCACUGCAACCGAGAUGGCACUCCGACUCGCCCUGAUGCUGCUCCUGAGGGCGCUGCUCGUGCAGUGUGAUGGACAUCGUGAUAUCAUUGACCCCGACCACUCGACCGAGGGCAACGACAUCUCCCUGACCCCCGAGCAGGCAGCGGCGCUCAACCAGACGGCGAGGGGGACGGCGGGGAACGUAAAGGCUUAUGCUGAUGAAAUGAAACGGACAAUCAUCGACCCAGACCAUAUUGAUGAGGGAAAUGACAUCAUGCUGACAGCCAAUCAAUCAGCGGCGUUGAACUUGGGGAGAACACUAGAGGAGGAGGAGAUUGUGGAAAUCGACGACCUUCUGUUGACCGGCGAGCAGGUAGCGGCCAUCGCAAGCAGGAAAGCAGUGAGCAGCAUUGCAAAGCACUGGCCUGACCAAAACGGCUUUCCUCACGUUCCAUACACUUUUGAGGACACCUUGGUGGACAGGACAGCAGUUGAGGCAGCCCUACAGCACUGGAGAGAUCACACCUGCAUCACUUUUACCGAAGUUCCCAACACCUCAACGGUGCCACGUUUUCGAUUCACCCGCCAUGCCAGCUCUUGCAAUUCAUUUGUUGGCUAUAUUAAUCGUGCCGAAGGCCAGACCAUCAACGUGCCAGUAUGGUGUGAACAGGCGUUUGGCAGCCUGGUUCACGAGAUCGGCCACGGCAUAGGUUUCUGGCACGAGCAGUCGAGGUCAGACCGGGAGACCUACGUCAGUAUCCUCACGCAUAAUAUUCGGACGGCGGCGCUGGGGAACUUCAACCUCGCGGUGGACAACCCUUGGGGCGUCCCUUACGAUUACAAGUCGGACAUGCAUUACAGCGGGAAGGGAUUCACCAAGAACGGCUUGAACACCAUCGUGAGCAAAGACCCGCGGUACCAGAACGUGAUGGGUCAGCGCACCGGCCUCUCUCACAUGGACAAGCUCCUGGCCAACACCAUGUACGGCUGCACGGCAAAACUUCUCGCCACGUGUUUGUUAACUGCAGACCCCUGCCUGAACUACGGUUACCUGGGAAAGGACUGCAACUGCGUGUGUCCUGAAGGAACGUCUGGCAGCAACUGUGAAUCCCUUGAUACACCUUACAACGACAUUGGCUUGUCACCAAAUACCGAAAUCAUCACGGCGCCAACAACCAUCACGACGGAGGGAUACCCGAGUGAUUUUCCUUUGUACUCGGAUUUCAUCAAGUGGAUUAAAGCACCGGCAUGUAAGCUUAUAAAAAUCACCUUCACGGACUUCGAGCUUUAUGGGGAAACAAGCAGAGAUAUCGAUGGAGUGACUGUGACUGCUUGCUGGCAUGACUUCAUGGAGAUCCGGACGAGCGACAUGCUGGAGGGAGAAUGGUUCUGCGGAACGAGCAUCGCCGCCGGCCGGGAAUUCAUCACAACAGGAAACGAGGCGGUUAUUUACUUCCAAGCGAGAACUGACUUCAACAGAGGAUUUUCGGCCGAUGUCACUUUCAUAAAUAACCCGUCCUGUACGACUACAAGCACAAGUACAUCAACAAGCACAAGUACGUCAACAAGCACAAGUACAUCAACAAGCACAAGUACAUCCACAACUACAAGCACAACAGACAGCACAAGUACAUCCACAACUACAAGCACAACAGACAGCACAAGCACAUCUACAACUACAAGCACAACAGAAAGCACAAGUACGUCCACAACUACAACUUCAACAAGCACAACCACAACGUCUACAAGCACAACGACAACUACAACAUCAACAACCACAACCACAACGUCUACAAGCACAACCACAACGUCUUCAAGCACAACUACAACAAGCAUAAUGACAACUACCUCAUCCGUGUCACCAUGGGACCCCUGUGUGCGUUACAUGCAAGAUGGAUACCUCUAUCUUACUUCGCCGAAUUUCCCAUCAAAUUAUCCUAAUAAUGUGAUAUGUACGCUGGCCAACAUUACGGAUGAACUUGGGCUGACUAUCAUAGACAUCAAGAUGCUAAGGCUGUUCCUUGGCGACCUCCUGACAUUCGAGAAUCCUUACACUCCACCACGGAGAAUGCUCUUCCGGUUACGGCCGAGUACAGUCGUCAUCCCCAGCGCACAGUUCCUGGCCACGUUCACUUCGAACUCGAGGUUCACGUGGCGAGGCUUCAAUCUCCGGCUUCAAGUGAAGAGCGACACGGGCUGCCACGAGAAACUUUCAGCGACCACCGGAGGCGUCAUCACAUCUCCAGGAUUCCCUAACGCACAUCCUCGCGGAACUUACUGCGAAUGGCACAUCACUGCAUCGGAGGGGAAAAAGGUCCUGAUCGACGUGACACACCUGAGGAUCCGAUUCUCCAACUUCCUGGCUGUGAAUCCCACUACCGAGCUCUAUUACCGUCGUGGCAGUGUGAUUUUCCUGCCGAACCGCUGGGCUCCGCGGCAGAUCGUCUCGACUUCGAACCUUAUGAGGAUCUUCUUCGCGGGGAAAUACGGAUCGGGUGGAUUCAGGAUUGAGUACAGCGAGGUCGCAGACAAAUAAGGAUCAGGGGAGAGGAAGAACAGAAGAGGAGCUGAGGAAAGGGAAAAUGAAGGAACAGCAGAAGAAAGGCAAGAGAAAUGAGAGAAAACCAGAAAAAGAAAAUUAAAAAUAAGGAUAAUUGAUGUUCGGUUUGGUAUGCCUCUGAGGCUCCAUACCGCAGACCCCAACAUCCAUUUUAUUUAUUAAUGUGUCUUGUUUAUAUAUAUAUAUAUAUAUAUAUAUAUAUAACUGGUCGGGGAUACACCUUCUUGUAUAUGAAUUGUUUACUCUUUAGUUUCCUUCCUAUUCCGUGCCUCUCCAUUUCCCAUUCUCUAAGACCCAUUUUCUUUUUGAACCUCUCAUCCUCCCAUAAAUUGGAAUCACUAUUUAUAAACAUGAUGCAGUCUGUCAUUUAGAAUUUUAAAAUUAUCUAGAGGAGUCUUGGAGAUUCAGACCCAAAAUAAACUUUAGGCUGAGCAA